GUUUUUUAAGUUUGAUUGCUUGAUAAAUGAUUCAAGAAUUGCAAUAUUUAAGUGUCACGUAAGAAACUUUGGAUAUCUAAAAGACUUUGUUGCACUUUUAGAAAAGAAAUUUACGACUUGAUUAAAUCAAUUGAAAGAUUUAAAAUUUGAUUACAUUCAGCACACAAGAUUUAAGACUUUUGUGCAUUUUUUCAUGCUUUAAGAUGGCUAAUUUCUUUUUGGGGGGGUGUUAAGCAAGUUUAAGAUGAUAUAUUAUUUUUGCUUGGCAAGCAAGUUUAAGAUGCUAUUUAACGAGUGGAACACUCGCAUCAAGCAUACGGUGCAGUUCGCAUGGAUUCACCGGUGGAAAAUAUUUCUCGUCAUGCAUAGAUAGACACCGAAAGAAAACUGAGAUUCCUCCUCGGCGCUCUGCAGAGUAAUGAACUAUGUUUUGCGCAAGAAGAUAGCUUGUCGCAAAAUCGACCAUCUCUUAACGGCGACACAGUUCCAGUUCAGGCCCUUCUCCUCCCGCAAACCGACGCAGCAUCAUCCAUCGCGAAGCAGGAGACUGGACAAAGCCCUCGGAAUCCUGAGCCUUGUAGCUCCCAAAACCAGUGGGAACUCCAGUCGCCAGAGCCAUCUCCGACUCAUCGAGGAGUUCUUGGACACGAGUUCAAAUGCCCAGAAGCUCGCUAAUGGUUUCACUCCUUUGGGUUCAUCCGGUGCUGCCGUGCGUAACGUGUUCGACAAAAUGCUUGAAUCCGCUGUAUCUGACAAGAAAGGUUCCGUUUUCGGGGAGGAAAGGGUUGGAGAUAGCGCGGUUGGGUUGUCACAUGCCUUGAGUUCAUGUGCGUCCGCGCGUGAUCUUGAAGGUGGCGUUCAAUUCCAUUGCUUGGCGAUGAGAACUGGGUUUCUUGCCAAUGUUUACGUGGGGAGUUCUCUGAUAACCUUGUAUGGUAGGUGCGGCGAGCUGGGGAAUGCUUAUAAGGUGUUUGAAGAAAUGUCUGUGAAGAAUGUAGUGUCUUGGACUGCCAUUAUAGCUGGCUUUGCACAAGAGUGGCAGGUUGAUGAGUGCUUGGAGCUGUAUCAUUCGAUGAGGUAUUCAGCUUCAAAGCCCAAUGAUUUCACGUUUACGAGUCUUUUGAGUGCUUGCACAGGUAGUGGAGCUCUUGGACAGGGCAAGAGUGCCCAUUGCCAGGCGAUCCAAAUGGGUUUUGCUUCGUACAUUCAUGUUGCCAAUUCUCUUAUUUCCAUGUACUGCAAGUGUGGGUGCAUGGAUGAUGCAUUGUGUGUAUUUCACGAGCUGCCCAAGAGAGAUCUCGUGUCGUGGAACUCGAUGAUUGCUGGGUAUGCUCAAUACGGGCUUGCGCAUGAAGCAAUUGAUCUUUUCGAGGAGAUGAUGCUGCAAAAAGUCAAGCCAGGUGCUAUUACUUUCCUUGGGGUUCUGUCUUCAUGUCGUCAUGCUGGUCUUGUCGAACAAGGGCAGCUUUACUUUGACUCAAUGGUUGAUCAUGGGUUGAUCCCGGAACUAGACCAUUAUGCAUGUGUUGUGGAUCUCCUUGGUCGCAGUGGUAAGCUGGAAGAGGCUCGUAAUUUUAUAAAAAGAAUGCCUGUUCAGCCCAAUGCGGUCAUAUGGGGCUCAUUACUUUCUUCCUGCCGUCUUCAUGGGAGCGUUUGGUUUGGUAUUCAGGCUGCAGAAAGUAGGUUGUUGCAGGAACCAGGAUGUGCAGCUACACAUGUUCAAUUGGCAAAUCUUUACGCCAGUAUUGGUCUCUGGGAUCAAGCAGCACAAGUGCGGAAAUUGAUGAAGGAUAGAUGCCUUAAGACUUGUCCUGGAUAUAGUUGGAUUGAGAUCAGUAAUGUAGUUCACAGAUUCAGAGCAGAGGACUGGUGCAAUGACCGAGUUACCCAGAUUCUUGGUGUCCUCAAUUGUUUGAUGGAUCAUAUGAGGAAUCACGGUUAUGUGCCUGAGGUUCAUGAGGAGGAAUUAUCAUGUGCAGCAGUAUAGCAUAGCAUGUGGCUUAUGCAUAAUUUUCUGGUAUAAGGAACGAUCACUUUUGGGGAUCACAUACAGGAAAAAUGCUCUGUGUUGUCAAGGAGAAAUCUCUUCUUAAGAGGAACUUAUGGAGCAUCCCUGAAAAGAUGAUAGAUUGGGUGAACUAUUUGCAUCCUUUUCAAGUCUGGAAUGGUCCAACUUUGUCAUGGAAAAGAUCAGAAGAGGCAUCUGUUAGUGUCUGCUCCUUCAUGCAUGGGAAAAAAUUUACUCGUGCCGAUAUACAAGCGAUUGCAUUCUUGAAGCUAAUCUAAAUGACUUUUUAACUCUUCUUUACAGAGAAAGCAAAAGAGAAAGCAGCAAUCAGCUUGGUCAAUUAACCCAAAUACGCUGCAAAUGGUCUGAAGUUGAGGGCUACGGCACAUAAAAUAGCGGAUGCAGAGGAUGCAGAGUGACUGGGGAUUUACGAGUUACUUAAAUAUACUGCAAAUGAUCUGAAGCUAGAAAGUUGUUCGCUCAUCUAUAAUGCAGCGUGAAGUUGUCACUUAAAUGUGCUGCAAAUGAUCUGAAGUUGAGGACUACUCAUUGGAAAUUUCUUAGUGUUUAUGUGGUACGCCACUUUGAAUAGGAGUUAAUGGUAAAAUGAAGUCAGAUUUGAUGCAGCUCGACCCGGGAUCAAUCCCUCGAGGGCCAUGGGGCCCAAUGGGGUGUUGACAAUCAAGGUAAGCUUCUAUAGACAACUUCUUUCAUUUUCGC